UCUUUUCCUUAACCUGACCCGGUCCCUCUGCCAAGGAGGCCGCCAUUUUGUCCGCAUCGCUCUGCUCGCGCAAAGGCUGCAGCGAUGCCCGAAGAGCCGGACCGGGAUGUGUACCGCGAGCCGCCUCCUCGCACCCCUAAGACGGAGCUCACCAACCCGCUCUACCUGGUAGACCAGAUCUUUCGAGUCGUGGUCGACGCGCCGGUCACAGCCUGGAGGGAAUUUAUAGAGCGCCAGCAUGCAAAGAACAAGUUUUAUUACUAUCACCGGAACUUCCGCCGUGUGCCGGACUAUACAGAGUGCUUUCAGGACGACUACGUGUGUUACUAUGAAGCAGAGAUGCAGUGGAGGAGGCUAGUUGAUAGAAAUAUUGUGAGGAUUAUUCAGGAGAGAAUGGGUGCUUGCAAGCAGCGGGAAGGACCCAGUUAUUUGGAGAACUGUGCAGCAGAGUUACAGCACUUCAAAGAGGUGUCCAAGGCCUAUGACGACAAAUAUGGCGAACUUGGCGGCCUGGGAACUGCUCGCAAAUGCUUAAUGAAGCAGAAGCACCGGAUGAUUAAAGAAAGGAAGGAGGCCAAGGCAGCAGCUAAGGAACAUUAAAUGUUCUGGUCGCUUUGGCCUGGGAUUUGCGCUCCAAACAAACAAACUAGUGUGCGUGUCUGCAGAUUAGACACUGUAUGGAUGGUAAAUCAAGCAGUAUCUGUGCUGUUCUCUCAGAACUACUGUAAACAUAUACAAGGCAGACUCAGAAUGUAUAGUGGGAAGAAAAUAAAGCUGCAAAUGCUAA